CAUCUUGAAAGAAGUCGAAUCUCCCAUGUGACCUGUACACUUCCUCCAAACGACACUUUCUUUCUCUGUCUUUACUGAUACAGGAUUUGAUCAAUAUUCUUUGGUAAACAACGAGAACCAGUGUCAGAGCAAUGCACAAGCAGGCGGCGCUGGUACUUCCUGGAGCUGUUCAGAUGAGGAUCAAAAACUCUCAAAGCAGCUCUGGAGAAAGACUCAGCCAGACUAAGUCUAUGGUCCUUCCAGAACCUGAGACACUACAGAAACCUGUGAGCUCUAUUAAUCGUCACCGGAGGAAUCAGUCUCAACAUAACAUGGAUGCUUCUGUUGGGCUGCAGCCUGUUUUAAAAGAAUAUUUAAACAAAGCCAAAAUUGCUGAAGGAGGGAAGAAAUUACGGAAAAACUGGACUUCAUCCUGGGUUGUUCUCUCCUCUAGUCAGCUAUUAUUCUAUAAGGAGAGCAAACAAGAAGCUGUGGCUAAUUUGAAACCCAGUUGUAGACCAGAUGGUGUGGAUCUGUGUGGGGCUGCAAUCGAGUGGACAACAGAGAAAUCAAGCCGAAAGAACGUGAUGCAGGUGAGACAGUUGAUAUUAGAAUAUUUUAAUCAUUGUAUAGACAUAUUAACAGAUAAAUAUUGUCUCGUGAACCUCAAUGGCGAAGCAAUUGAGACAGAUCUGUUAGUCGUCUUGAAACCGAGUCACGAGGUCUCACCUCUAAUAACAUGGCCCAUAGCUUCAGCUCCAAUAAUCUAUCCUUUUUUCUGCAACUCAAACUUGUAAGGUCACAUCUUAACCAAGUUGUUCAAUGCA